AUGCCGACGGGGGCCGCACUCGAUCCCUUCGCUAUUGUCGUUGAUGCCGCGCAGGACGCCACCCUCGCCGGCAUCGCCGCCCACGCCGCGUUGUCGCUCGUCGACGUGCGGCGCCUCAAUCCCGCCCUCCACGCGUACGCCCCGGCGGAGGCGCUGCCGGCGGGAACAGUCGUCCGCCUGCCGCCGGCCCUCGAGCGGCGCGGGUCGCCCUACGGGAAUUACUUCACCAUUGGCCCCAUGGAGGACGCCCUCCGCUCCCUAGAGGCGAAACUAGACGCGAUGGCCGAGCGGGAAGCCACACAGCUGCCCAAAUUGCCGGUCCGUAAAGUACUCUCCAAGACGGAACGUAUCGUCACAGCAGUGCGGGAGGAGAGUGAGCGGCAGAUAUCUCGUAUACAGGAUGAGUACAAGGAGUGUGGGGAACGUCCAGCUCUGCUACAGUUCCUAGUGGAUGUGGAGCCGAUAAAACGGGUACGGGAGGAACUUGAAAAGGAGUAUGAUGGAAGUGAAUUACGACUAAAGUCACUUGAAACGACAAAUCAUGAAACAUUUAGUAAGAUGUUACGACAUCGUGAAAAUAAUGUUACAGAGAGUUCAUUACAUAGUGUACGGGAUACAUCAGAUGAUUUUUGUCUUGCGGAGCAUUCACACCGUUGGGAAUUCACCUUCUUUUCACCAGAUUCAUCUGUAGAGGUACAAGACUCAUGGGCUGUACUCUCUUGUCAAACCCUUGGUACUCUUAUUGACGCAUUUGAAUGUCGUAAUUGCUUACCUGUAAACGUUUCUAAAAAUGCAUUUAUUUUUAUUGGUGGUACAUUUUAUAUUGAUAAUCGUCAUGCUGGAAUUGAUGGAGCGAAUUAUGAAGACUUGACAGCUCCAAUACGACACUUUAAUCCACUACAACAUGAAGAAGAAGAAGAAGGAAGAGGAGACGUUUCUCCAACUAACAAGAGUAAUAAAGUUGGAGAAAAUAUAGCGUUUGGUAAAUGCCCUGUCAAAUAUGUCUCACAGACCACCUUUGCUGAAUUGAAUUUACGUCUCGGUGAAUUUGGUGUACUGCGUCAUCUUGGGUGGUGUAAUCACUACUUUUAUUUGAGUUCUGUUCACUCACUUCGAGGUCUUGAAAGUAAUGUUCGAGAACGUGGAUAUUACCCCCACCGUGUCAUGAAAGCGCCUACUCGCGUUGUACGUUGCCGUAUGUGUCGGCAGUUCCCUGCAACUAUAGCUUGCUAUAAUGAUGAACUGUCUCCUGAGAGUCCAUGUCCUUAUUGCGUUCCCUGCUUUGAGUUGCUUCAUGCAUCUGAUGAUGGUACUAUUGAAGAAGAUAAAUUUCUCUCUAUCAAACUUCCAGAUGGAAAGUUUUUCACAUUAUGA